ACCUUCCACGUCCCUUGGAGAGACAAGGAUCAUAGACAGGGAUAUCAAAUCGAUAACUUAACCCAGACGACACCCAAAACAUUAAACCAUAACUCCAGAUCUUAAAAAUCAACUUCAAACCGUCACCCGAAACUCAGUCGAUCGGGCCAAACUCUUGUUCUCAAAACCGCUGGAGUCAAAAGGCAAAGAUGGCUGGGUCCCGAGAGGAUCCCGUCGAAUUGGGGAGCGACAUGGAUGAAGAUGAAGCGCUACGCUAUGCUAUUGCCCUUUCACUCCAGGAACGGGAGGAGCAGGGAGACCAGAGUUCGCAGAUCCCGAGCGCCUCAACCUCGACAUCCCACCGGAACGGGACUGGUUCGGGCGGGGCCUCCUUGGGCUUACUCUCUCUUGAUCGCAAGAAGAUGGAAGAGGAAAGGUUGCAGAGGUUAGCCAAGCGGCGCCGCUCACCAGAGGACGAAAGAAGUGUUGACGAGGUCCCGCCGGCAAAGAGGAUGACACCAUCCGAACCUUCCAGGCCUGUAACCGCAACGGCAACGGCACAGAUGUUACCAAGCUUCGUUCCCUAUCCCAAAGGUGCUAUCAAAAGAACUUGGGCCAAAGGGUACCCGCGGACUUCCGAUGAUAUCAAGAUCGAAGAGGUGUUUCAGAAAGACAAGCUGGAGCUUGCGCUUCUAAGCUCGUAUCAGUGGGAUGAUGAAUGGCUCAUGUCCAAAAUUGACCCGAGAAAGACCAAGCUGUUGCUCCUGGCAUUCGCCGAUAGUGAAGCCCAGAAAUCAGAGAUGCAAUCAAAUGCGCCACCGGGAAUCAAGUUCGUCUUUCCGGCAAUGAAUGGGCCUGGGGCUAUGCAUUCCAAGCUGCAGUUGCUAAAGUACCCUGACUAUCUUCGAGUUGUGGUCCCAACUGCCAAUCUCGUCCCCUAUGAUUGGGGGGAGACUGGCGUCAUGGAGAACAUGGUCUUCCUGAUCGACCUCCCUCGUUUGAAGGACCCCGCGAAUUAUCGGCAAACUGCAUUCAGCACCGAGCUCGGCCGAUUCUUGUCAGCAGCUGGUGUUGGUGAGGGCAUGGUCAGCAGCCUCGCCAACUACGACUUCUCACAAACAGAGCACCUUGGCUUUGUGUACACCAUCCCUGGUGGACAUCAAGGAGAUUCCUUAAAGCGAAUAGGAUACAGCGGGCUGGGCACCACUGUGGCUGCUCUCGGGCUAGCCACUGACCAACCAAUCGAAGUGGAUUUUGUCGUGGGUACCAUUAAAGUCGCAUACCAGUCUAGAGAGCAUUGAUUCUAACCACGGAUGAGCCCUUACUUCAGUGCGCCUCUCUUGGAUCGCUAAACUACGACUUGGUUUGCGCAAUCUACAAUGCAUGUCAAGGUGAGGAGACGUCGAUACUGUAUACCCCUCUUUUCUGUUUACCACACACAUAACAUUCACCUGUAAUGGAUGUGGAUUGACGAAUGGUGAAUUGCAGGAGAUGAUGGCAUGGCCGAACACAAGUCAAGGGUAGGCCGAACGGGCGCAUCAUCCAAAGAUAAGGCGUCAAACCCGUGGCAGAAGAAGCUAAAGGACCGUUUCCGAAUAUAUUUUCCGACGGAUGAGACAGUUGGCAGAAGUCGUGGUGGGCGUAACGUAAGUUUACCUGGAGCAUGGCAUUGCAUGGAUGGAUGAUCUUGGAUAAACUGGAGAAUCCUCACAUGCGACAAGAAAGACGCAAUGAAAAGCCAACGCUAACU